AUGUCGAAACAUAAAAAGAGAGAAGUUCAAGCAAAAAAAUUGUGCCCAAUCAGGAUACUCCAACUAAAUAUUGGUACAUCUUUGAAAGGUAAAGGCAAGUCUAAGGAAGAAGAAUUACCAAUAGAAAGAGAACCGUCUACAGUUUCUAUGGAAGAUAUUGAGCAUACCAAAGUUCAAGAAGUUAUUUCAACAACUCCAAGCAGCGAAGAAAUCAAUAAUUGGACUCCUGAACAUAAUAAUCGGGUCGAUGGAAGCUCAUUUCUUAGUCUAACUGAAGAAAAACUCCUAAAGCAUCCAUUUAAUCUUGUUGAUGGUCAGGCAUAUGAAAUCGCACGUCUGAUUAAACUUCUUAAAGGUAAAGAAGAUCCUAGCAGUUUGCAUGAGAUUGUAAAAAAUGCCGUGGUUGAAGCAAAUAAGGAAAAAUCAUUUGAACUGAUUAGUAUAUCGAAACUAAGCUUGACUAAAAUGAACAAAAUUGAAAAGGCUAUGGGCUUAAGUUCUAUAUCUAUAGCCGGCAAAGAUUUCCCAGAUCCUUCUUCAUACAUAGAAUGCAAUGGAUUUAAAUGGGAUAUGAACAAGGAUGAAGACAAACAAAUGCAAGAUGUCAAAGACUGGUUUAAAAUUGAAUUAAAUUUAGGAGAAGAUUAUACUGUUGAAGAUGUUCAUAAAGACACAAAAAAUGAAGUAACUUUAAAUAAAGCUUAUACCAUAUUACGGGAAUUAAAAUCUGAAGGAUAUCAAGUUAAAGGAAAAUUACUUAUUGCGAAUGCAAACAUUGGAUUAGAUGUAUUGAUCGUACUGACUGACUGUAAUGAAAAGUGGUCUCUUUUUUUUAUAAUCAAAGAGGAAGAGCAAUAUUUCAUAGUAAUUGCAAAAAUUGAUGACCGUGGAAAAGCAUUAGGUAUAAUCAAUGAUUUCGUUCUUGAACAGGGUGUCAAAUUUAAUAAAAUAUUAGGAACAAAUCUAAGAGCUGUCGAAAACGAUGAGAUAAAGAUUGGCCCAUUAUCAAAAAAGGCGAAAUACAUAGAAGUUGUUGAAUUUUGUGAUGAAAGAAUGCUUGACAUUAUUCCAGAUAUGACAGAUGAUGAAUUAAAGCGAAUGAAUACUAGGUGGAGACUAAGGAUGCUUGAAAAAUCAAUUCCUAUCAAUGAAAAACCUAUUAUACAACGCUACAUAUCAGCAUUUAGUGAUGAUUAUGAAAAUUAUGAGACCUCAUAA